UCACAUUUACGGAAGAUGCGCCCCGGGUUAAAGCACUUGAACGCACCAUUUAGCGACGAGAAUAAGACAGACUUGAGAUAUUGUUUGUUUGUAGAGCGCUGAUAAUUAUAUAUAUAUAUUUUAUUAUUUUAAAGCAGACACUCGGGGCUGUGCGUGAGUGUGUGAUGCGUGAGGACCCGCAGUCACAGAAACUCCUCCUGAUUUUUCCGCGUCUGACUGUCAGUUAGCCGGCUAGCUGCGGCUGGUAGCUGCCCCUGUAGCCGCUCUCACACACAGACACACAGACACACACAGAGAGGACGUUUUAUUUCGCUCCAGCACAGACAGGGAUGGCAUUUCGCCUCCACUCGGUAAGCGAACUGGUUGAGAGAAAACAUUCAGGGAGCUCGGCGAUAAGUUUGUCAGCACUCAUUAGCCUAGCCUUAGCUUAGCUUAGCCUAGCCUAGCACAGAAAAACCGUUGGUCAGGAGUUCAGCGAGCUCGCCGGAUUUGAAGACGACCUGUUUAAUCCACCGCGUUUCAAACAGCGUGUGAGGCAGAGAGCAGCCUUAACUGUAACUAUAACCCGGCUAAGGUGUCGUCUUAGCGGUCUCCGUAUAGGUGUGGUGACGGUAGGUAGCUCCAGCUCAGGAAGGGGGGCAGCAAUGUCAAACCAGAUCAUACACAAGGUGUGCGUGAUGGAUACAUGACUGAACAGCGGGACACACAGGUGUGUUAGAAAGAAAGAAAGAAAGAAAGAAAGAAAGAAAGAAAGCGCGGCAAUAAUUCAGACAGACUGAGCCUGAGCUGCUGCUAUCUUAGGAGGAGGAGGUGGAGGAGGACAGGGGGGCUAAAGAUCAAGUCUGGUGGCUGACUGGCUUUCACCUCGUUCGGGAAUAGUUUGAUGGACGUGGGAGGCUGUUUGCUGCCAGACUGUCAGAGCUAUACUCAGUCAUGUAUGUCUUGACACAUGGCACCCUGCUUCUGUACAUUAGUGCCUGUGCCUGUUGGAUGUAAAAAAAGUGUCGUUAUGUAGCUUUGGUGGUGUGACAGUCAGGUGAAAGGGGAAUGUCCUGUCUAUCUUUUUUUUUUUUUACGGUUUGUUUUUUUGUUUGUUUUUCAAACACAGGAGAGUCUUGUCGAUUCGAAGCGGGAAAGUGCUGCAGCCCGGGCUGUGCACAGUGGACGAUGUUUAUUAGUUAGUGCCUAGACUCUCUCUCUCUCUAUAGGACUAACAGUUCGGGGCCUACGCUACAGGCCUUACACGUAUUAGUACUUUUUAUUCAUUGGUGGAUUGCAACAGACGCCAGCCACUCUGGAUCAAGAAAACCUGUCCCUCGUGUCUGGUUGGGGUAACACUCUUAAGCCAAAACCAAUGCCUUCAGCGCUGGCCGUGUUCGCCUGCCGACCCAACUCGCACCCAUUCCAGGAGCGGCAUGUAUACCUGGAUGAGCCAGUCAAGAUCGGCAGGUCGGUGGCUCGGUGUCGCCCGGCCCAGAACAAUGCCACCUUCGACUGCAAGGUGCUGUCCAGGAAUCAUGCCCUGGUCUGGUUCGACCACAAGACCGGCAAGUUUUACCUGCAGGACACUAAAAGCAGCAACGGGACGUUCAUCAACAGCCAGAGGUUGAGUCGCGGCUCGGAGGAGAGUCCGCCGUGCGAGGUUCUCUCCGGCGACAUCAUUCAGUUUGGCGUCGACGUCACGGAGAACACACGCAAAGUCACUCAUGGCUGCAUCGUGUCAACAAUCAAACUCUUCCUACCUGAUGGGAUGGAGGCACGCCGACGAAGCGAUGUCAUCCAGACUCCGUUACCACUACCUGUAGACAAGGUUGCAGCCAACACUCCCAGUAUGUAUUCUCAGGAACUGUUCCAGCUCUCCCAGUAUCUACAGGAGGCCUUACACAGAGAGCAGAUGUUGGAGCAGAAGCUAGCCACUCUGCAGCGUCUGUUAGCCAACACUCAGGAGGCCUCGGAGAGCAGCUGGCAGGCUCUGAUUGAUGAAGACCGUCUGCUCUCCAGACUGGAGGUGAUGGGCAGUCAGCUACAGGCGUACUCUAAGUCCCAGACGGAGGAGGGGAUCCGUAAGGAGCUCUUGGCUCUUCAGGAGGACAAACACAACUACGAGACGACGGCGAAGGAGUCUCUGAGGAGAGUCCUGCAGGAGAAGAUCGAGGUGGUCAGGAAGCUGUCAGAGGUGGAGCGCUCACUCAGUAACACAGAGGACGAGUGCACCCACCUGAAGGAGAUGUCAGAGAGGGGCCAGGAGGAGCUGAGGGAGCUUGCCAACAAGUACAACGCCGCCGUCAAUGAGAUCAAAGAGCUCACUGACAAAAUUAAGGCGGCGGAGGGCCGGCAGGAGGAGCUGACCCAGCGGGGAGCGACGGAGAAGAGGGAGUUGGAGCUGCGGAUCGAGGAGAUGGAGGAGAAGGAGCAGGUUCUCCAGGCUCGCAUCGAAGCUCUGCAGGCCGACAACGACUUCACCAACGAGAGGCUCGCCGCUCUGCAGGUUCGGUUAGAGCAGCUACAAGAGAAAAGCGUUAAAGAGAACAACAGUCUGGAUGUCGACAUUGUCUCCCACGGACCGGUAGAGGAGCCUGUCGAGGACAAACAGAGCCUGGAGACAUCUGAGAACCAGGAGGAAGACGAGGAUGAUGACGAUACAGACACCGAUGAUGGUGCAGUUGGCGAAAUUCAUGACAACUGUCAUGUUAACAACAGUGGAGGAGACUCGACUAGAAUCCAACAGUUGAUUGAGUGUCCGCCGGUCAAACAGCUGAAGGAGACGGUGAGCUCUUCAAUCCACAAACUGGCCAACUUUGACGAAGUGAUGGACGCUCACCUACAGAACAACCAGACGGCAGAAGAUGACAUCCUGGCCAGCCCCGAUCGACUCAAAGGGAAUCAGAUGGAUGCCAAAGAGUCAGACAUGUCAGACACUCUGAGUCCCAGCAAAGACCGCAGCAGUGACGAUACGUCAGACGGCAACAUGGACGACCAGGAGCUGAAUGAACCACAGAACAGAGUAGCUCUGCUCAAAGCUGAGUUGCAUCGGGCUGGUCUGGAGCCUGGAGACACGGAGCAGGUCAUCCACCAUCUCCACAGAGAGCUCCUGGAGGCCCAGGAGUUAGCCAACAUUGGCAAACAGAGAUGUCUGGAGCUACAAGCUCUGCUGGAGGACGAGAGGAGGAGUAACUCUCAGCAGACUGAGGAGUCGACCAAACAGAUCCAGUACCUGCAGACUCAGCUCGGGAAGCUGCAGGCCGACAUGGAGGCACUGAGGGAGCAGAGGGAGAGCACCAUCUUCACCACCAGAGAGGAACUCUACUCCGCCCAGGGCGAGAUUAUCGUCCUGCGGCACACCAUGGAGGCAGCCACGGCAGAGCGGGAGCGUGAGAUCGCCGCCCUGCAGGCAGACCUGGGCAGCGUGCGGUCCGAGUUGGAGCACUGGAGGAACGUGGCCUCCAAGUACGAGCAGGAGAUCAGCCGGCUGCAGGACGCCUUCACACAGCAGCAACAGCAGCAGUCCAGCGCUACCAAGCUGCAGGCGGAUUGUGAUACGUUGCAGCAGCGGUGUGUGUGUUUGCAGCAGGACUGUGACAGCCUGAGAGCUGAACGGACGGCUCUCACGGACAAACUGCACCGCCUGGAGACUGAGCUGAGCAGCACCAGGGAGCAGAGUCAGGUCCUCAGCAGCAGUCUGGUGUCUCUGGAGAAGAGGGAGGAGGUUCUGCAGGACAAACUGGGUUCUCUGGAGAAUCAACACCUGCAGGACGCAAGCAGGCUGAGGACCCAGCUGGACCAGGCCCAGGCCCACACACACACACUGCAGAAAGAGUAUGAAGACACACAGUCUCAGCUGUUGGACCUCCGUCAGCGCUAUGAGAGGACAGAGAAGGAGAAGCUGAACAUCCACCAGGAGCUGGAGCAGUGCAGGAGCAGCCUGAAGCUGCUGCAGGACAAGACCAGCUCCCCAUCCAUAUUGCAGCCUGUCCAAGCCAUAUUCAUUGGCCUUGUCCUGGCUCUGCUCUACUGGUGUUUCGGCCAGUUGUGGUAGAAAGAGCGGCUGGAGCCCCUGGAUGCCGGUCAUCGCAGUGAUGGUCGCCGUGACGGCAGCCGUCCUCUACCCGAACCUCUCCAAGAGCAGCUCCACCUAGGACGCACACAGCAAACACAAACAGACACACACACACACACAGAGCGCUGUGAGGAGAGCAUCACUGCUUUACUUGUAUAAAGUCUAAUUGUACAUAAUUGUAGAGGGAAUAUAAAGGUUGUGGUUUCUACAGAGGAUUCAGAUGCUUCUUGGUUUAUUUUGUUUUUGUGUGUUUUUGUUGUUUUUUUUUCUGCCGCUGAGAGUUUUGUUGUCGUUUUUAUUCUCGGCUCUCUCUCGGCUGUGGUGGGGGCUUUUUUUUUUUUUUUUGGUUUUCGUCUCUCUGCUGAUUUCUGGGUAACACGGCGUUCUCCAGCAGGCCGAACUUCCUCACACAAACAAAAAAAAAAAAACUUGCCACAUGUGACGUUCACACAUUGUACGUAUGCAGAACUUCCCAGCAGCCUCAGCCUCAGUCAGGAGGACGUGAUCCAGACUUGUCACUGACGAGCCGGCAGGUCUGCAGUUUGCCUGACGGAGCGUCUGCACACCUUUAUCGAUAGAUUUCAUCGGUUAUUGGAGUCUGUUUGUCGGCGGUGUUUACCUGUAAGCUCUGCAGCGCUGCAUCAGGAUACUUCAUCAUUAUCUUUACUCAAGAAACACCGAUGUAACUAACUCUGCCAUAUUCAAGUUUAAUUUUCACUCACCUGCUCAGCGCUUUCACACUUCCCUCCUAAAAACGACCACCAACUGCUAACAUUUAUUUGCCAGCGUGGCUUUGAGGUAUAUCUUGAAACACCGAGUUGUUUAGUAGUAUGCACCACGAGUUCACAGUAAAAACAGUGAUGAUAAAAGCCUGAAUGUUUUUUGUACCAAAUCUUGAGUCUCUGUUGUUUAGAAAAGUUUUUUUAAACUUUAAUAUUCCAGUCGAUGUUCUCUCCACAUGGUGCGUAUUCUUAAACAAUGUGUGUUAUCACAAACAAACAGACGUACAGCGAUCUGCGGGAAGGAAGGAAGGAAGCGUUUCUUUUUAUUUGACUUUAUUUGAACUUUCCUCGUCCUCACUGCAGCUGCCGCUCACUUGUUUCUCAGUUCAUUGUUGAUUGUGAAAUCUUUUAAAAACAGACGAAUGUUCAUCACAGUUUCUCAUAAUUCUCUUCCAAAAACUCAAAAGAUGUUUCAUUUACUAUCAUGAAAAGAAAGAAAAGCAGCAGAUAGAAGAAGCUGGAACCAGACAACAUUCGUCAGUUUGGCUUGAAACAUAAUUCAUUAAAGCUGCCAAAUAUUUAAAAAAGAAACCUGAAUAUCUCCUGAGUGAGAGGUCAGUCACGCUCCUCUCUCUGAUUGGUCAGUUCAGUUCAGCGCCUGUUCCUGGGACUCAUGGUUGUGGGUCAAACGUUUACACGUCAGUACAUCCACCCUCAUAGUAAAUCUCCGUUCAGGCUGUCGGAGCACAGACGAAGCACAAACAGUGACCGAGCGUCUGCGUCAGUGUUCUGUCGUGAGCUGAGUCUGUUGGGAAGUGCUCGCACGUUAGGCGGGUUUCGUUUUUUUCCGGAAGUCGUGCUCUGUUCUGUUCUGGUUUUAAGGCGGCCAUGUUGGACGUCUAACAUGGUUUGUGUUUUUUUGGGGGUUUUUUGGGGUCGGGGUUUAAAAACUUGAAGCCAAAUUAUUAAAAUAAAAAUCUGAUUUUUUUUUUUAUUUUCUUUUUUGUUUUUGUUUUUCCCGGGGCACAGAAAAAGGGGGUCAAAGUGCCUCUGAUGUAACUAACACCACAGUUUGUGUAUGUGUGCGGGCAAACGCACAAACACACACACGCACACACACUUUUUCUGAUAAACACACAAACACACACACACAGAUUUGACUGUCAGAGGUCUGUCGGUGUCAAGAGUGUGGAGAGAAGCUGUAACGUCUCAGCUUUUUCCAGAGCUUUCACCCGCUACUCAAACUCUUCACCACGGCUUUAUCGUGACCGAGGAGUUCAUGUUUUUGUGAGAAGCUUUUCCUCUUUCCUCUUUGAGAUUUCCACGCCUCUUUUACUUUAGGGAACAACAUGGCCGUUUAUCCGGUGCCAUCCUCAGGACAAACUUUACAUCACAGAUCAUAAAACAAACAAAGUUUUUCAUCCAUCCUGUCGUGUGACGAGCCUCCGCAGAGCUGCUCGCAGAGUUUCUUAAAAAACAGGACGACGGUUCAGCUUCUCUCCAGACAAACUGUGAACACUCGAAAGGCCUCGGCUGAAAUGUUUUUAGCAGAUAUUAAAUUAUUUCAAAGUGUGUGUGAGUGUGUGUCGGUUCACACUCUGGACUCUUGAGCAGCGUUUGUCAUCGUUCGUGUACUCUGUCUUGUCUCCGUGUUUAAAAAAAAUAAAAAAUAAAUAAAUACGAACAAAUAUUCCUGAUGUUUAAAGAGAAAAACACUACAGUACAGAGAGAAUUGUAAAAUAAAAUGUUAUUGAAUGAUGUGCUACUAGACUUAUUUUGUUAAAAUUGUUUAGAGAUAUGAGAGGGAGAUAUGUAGAGGAGACAGUAUGAUGAUGUAUUGAAUAUGCAGAGCAAUGUUUGGAUUAAAGUUGUAGCAAGCUGACCCACCA